CCCCGGGGCAGGACCUUGCGCUUUUACCUCUCACGACUUAAAUUGGCCGACCAGCAUAAUAGAUCUCACAUCCCUAGGCAAAUUUUAACGCAUCGAAACCUGGCACCAUGCGGACCUCUGCCAGACACACCGCCUGCACCUCCUGCCGCCAGCGCAAGGUUCGCUGCGACGGCGGCCAACCUCGUUGCAAUCGAUGCACCGUACGAGGGGACGAAUGUGUGUAUUCCCGACAUUCCUCGCAGGACCAGCAGGAGCUGCUAGUCAUGCUUAAUGACCUCAAUGAGCGUUUGUUACAAACUGAGAGUGCCCUUGCUCUUCAACGAGAUAGUUAUGGUCCAACUCCACUGGAAAGCUCCUCCGAUGACAGCAGGACUACCGGUCAAAGUCCCGUGGCAACUCGACCGACAUCUCCGCCGGUCUUUGCGCUGCCCGAUGAAAUCCGGUGGGACGAUGAACUCGAGUCAAUGCUCUCACUCGGCGGACAUACUCAGUCAGAAGAGGCGUCGUGGUUCAGCAUUGCUCCUGGUAUGCCCGGGGUCGAUGUCUCCUGGAGUCCCGAGGACAUCAAGCUCGACGACAUGACCUUCCUCCCGCCUAUGGCAGAUAUAUCCCCAAUGACCUCGCCGUGGAUCGACGACGCUGUCCCGGAGCAUGUCCAAAUUGAGCUGUACGUGCCCCCUUUAAAUCUAUUUCGUUCUCCGCUUUCUCCUUGUGGUACUGUGAGUUGAAAAUCUUCAACUAUUAGACUUCCGCUAUACUUUGACAAUGCACACACGGGUUGUUUCCUCAUCGAUCAAGAUACCUUCCACAUGCGCUUGCGGACCUCGGAAACACAGCCGGAGGUUGCCGGCCUUCGGUAUAUUGUUCUGGCACACGGAGCCUGUUUCUCUCGAUCUUACGGGGACUUUAAAGAAAAGUUCUAUCGAAAGGCGUGCGAUCUGGUCGAGCAAGUGGAUAUCGCCGAGCAGUUUGUCAGCAUCGCAGCUUUGCAAACCUGGGUCCUCCUUGCUCUGUACGAAUUCAAACAGGCCAACUUCGUGCGGGCCUGUAA